AUGGGUGUAACUCAGGCUUUCGAACUCGCUAAAGAUUGCAAAGCCAUCAAGCUUGUUGAUCCACAGAAAGAAGGUCCAUGCGAUAUUGAUGGAUUUGCCGUUUCUUACAUGAAAUUCAAGACCACAGAGGGACGGUUACUGCUCAAGCAACUGAAAAAUAUGGCUAAGGAAGAUGUCUCCAUUGGAAUCCCUGGUCCUGUCCUUCGCCUUGCCCACUGGGAUCAAGAAUCAUGGUCUUUGCCGUCCCCGGUAACGACCAAGGGUCUCGCAUCGGACCUGUCUGCACUGAAUCUGUCUACGGCUCCGAAAUCGUCUUCCGCUUGCUAUGCUUCUUCGAUCAACUCAACGACUACUCAACAGGUAUCAUCGUCAUCGGGCCUGCGCUAUUCGGCACCAGCACUUUCCUCUGCUGCACUAUCACCUCCUUCACAUCCUCCGAUGGAUGUAUAUCACGAACUGAACUCCGCUCGCGAUGUUGUUUGGCCCCUCGUAGCCAACGUCCUGAACAGGAUUUACGACAGAUUUUACAAAAAGUCAGAUUUCAUUCACUAUGAUGGUCCACCGACAACCCAGAAAGCCUUUGCCCAUGAGAGACGGCAGCGGGCCACAAAAAAACAAAUCCUCAAGUUGUCCGAGUAUCUCGGAAUCGCCGAGGCACGACUGUCGCUAAUGGAGGCAAAAUCCAACUUAUCCAACAGCCAGGUCUCUCGAUUUAAAUCGUUUCUCAGCAAAGUCCUGUUUCCCUGCUGGAUUAAAACCCGUGGUGUGGAUCCCCGAGCCUCAAGGGCCAUCGUCAAUGAACUACAAGAGUCUCACGGUUGGAACGCGCAUGUGUGUGCUGGUCAAUUUGACGUUUGUGUCGGCAGGAAGGUACGAGAGAACCCAGGUCUCGUAGUCGUUUCAACCGACAGUGAUCUCAUGUUCGUAGGCGCUGAACGGCUCAUCCGCUUACAUCCGAAAGGGAUACGCUUUUACUGCUACCCUAUUGAGAAUAUUAUUCGUCACUGCGGACUCAAACCACCGGAAGAGUGGGUCGCUGCCGCUGUCGUCAGCCUUAAUGACUAUGACCCAAGUGUGGGUCGGACGUCAUUCAGCACGGCUAUCAAAGAUAUCGCUGCGAUCAGAAAAGACUGGUUUCGCAAGAAAAGCAAGGACCGUUCGGUAGACGGAUAUGUCAAAGAACUCUGCAGAAGGAAAAAUGUUCAUCACGACGACGUCAAGAAGCCAUUGGACAGUUUUGUGAAAUUGGUUGAGACGCCCCUGGACCAAUACACUCAAGGAGAUGACGAGAUUGAUGAAUAUCUAUGUCGAUCCAACUUGCUUCAGGUACUGGCUGAUCACCAAUUCGUACCAUUACACAGCCGUAGGAGCCACUGGUCACAGAAGUCCCGACCAAGCCAAAGACCCUUGACUCUCACGCCAAUUAACUCCAUCCCUGUCCAGCUCUCAGAGACUGAAGGCAACGACAAUGUGGUUGAGAUGCUUGCGCUCCCACAGCUACAAUCAAGGUCGACCACGGCACCUCAUGUGCCUCCACUGGUAGCUCGCAUGGCUUUCUCUGCAGGAACAGUGACAAGAAACGUUGAUAGCAUUGCAGUCAGAAACCAUGCCAAUGGAUUUCAAAGAUACACCACUGGCCACAAAUACCGUCCGAGGGCUUUCACGUCAGCCUUCACAAGUCAGGACAAAAACACGCAGCCUGUAAGCGUGAAAGAUCGGACCAUCGGUCGGCCCGGAUCCACGGCUAGUGUGCUCAUAGAUCACGACGACGACGACGAUCAUGAUACAUUCCCAGACAAUGCAGAUAUCUCGAAUGAUGCCGCAGUGGUGAACCUCCUUGCUCCUCUUGCUGUCUCAGCUGAAGAGAAUACAAUGAACGGAAAUGAGUCUGAAGACAACUCUGACAACAACUCUGACGACAACUCUGACGACAAUUCUGGUAACGGAAGCGAUUACGAGGGGGAUCAACAAGCUGAGGACCAGCCUAUCGAUGCAGAACGUCCCAAGAAAAGGGCAUUCAAGAAGAUUACAUAUACCAAGAGCUCCAGGGAGGCUCGUGAUGCCGAUGUACCACUGAACGAGAACGCUGUUCCCCGCAAGAUCAACCCAACAAACCUGGUGGUCGACGCUGUUGCAUCUUUGCAUCCAAUGCGCGCAAUGAGGCCUGGCCGGAUUGAGUCGUGUCUUAUUCACAGUCUCAAAGAGUCGCUCCCUUGCAUGAAUGACCAGGACCGUAGCCUCUUAUUGGACCAUCUCCUCGAGACCAUGCAGACGAUGGCAAGAGUCCAUACUGAUUUGCUACGCGAGGGCCUUUUGGGUAAACGAGAUUCAUUUUUUCAGCGGCUUUUGAAUCGGUUAAUCAGAUGGGACAGUGACGAUUCCGAUCUCAAGAAGGCUAGUUCACCUGCAUUAAUGGCGUCCGACAAGAUUUUUCAGGAGUAUUUACAGAUCACCUCGCAACGCCAGGCACCACCAUUCCGACUGAAGGAUAGAGACGUCUGUGAAGGCUCCUUCAUGAGCCAGUGUGCGAGAACACUGUCCGAUAUGGUAGGAGGCCACCUCUACAGGUUUUCAUUGGAACUUAAGAAGCGGGCAUUAAUGCACAAUCCCUCCUGGGCCUCUUCUGAGAAUGGGAAGGCCAUUUUGGACCCUAUCGACGAUACGACAGGGCGGUCGCGGGAGCACGAUUGUGUCAGUAUUCAUCUUAUCCUGAAUCUGAUUUUGCCAGCGAAGGCUCAAAUCAAAAUCUUACCAUGCACAGAUUGCAACUACUUGAGAUGGCACUCAUACGCGCCCGGCUACUCUCCCAUGCAUCGUCAAGAAACAAUGUCUUACGAAACGCCUUCCUAA